AUUAAUUGAUAAAUUUCUUGCUUCACUCACCAAAAAGCGUGCGUCGGUUCAGGUAUCUAAACCUUCAGUGCAAUUAUUGUAGAAUAAACUCAGAAAAAAGACAUGCUGAACAAAUUAGUUUUUGCCUUAACGAUAUGUCAUUGUGCUUCUAAUUUACAAUUUGAAGACCCGGAGCUUAUGGUUUUCGAUCCUAUGGAAGAUCUUUCUCAAUAUAUGUGCUUUUACGACAAAAACUUUUAUGACUUCGAGACUGUACAUGAUAUCACACCUGAUGACUGUAGCACUACUGGAAAAUGCAUGUUAAAAGAUGAUGGGGAAGUUGGCGCCGAAUUUAAAGAGGUCAAAGUGGCUUGCAAAGAACCGAUGCACCCUGGGAAAUGUUACAACGAUAAGGAUGAGUGGUUGGCUGGUUGUUCAUUAAAGCGUUGCAUCAAACAUCCAGAUGGAACUUUUGAAGAAAAAACAAUCGAACAAAUUCCAAAAGGUGAUCCUGUCGUUAAGGUAUUUAAUGAUGGGUGUCAAUUUUCCAGCUGCAAGUCAAUUGUACCAGGUUGUUAUUACAAACGAGAAAAGAAAUGCUACCCUGUAGGAACGAAAAAACGGGUUGGAUGUAGCAGAAUUGAAUGCAGGCUUGAUGUAACAGGAAAGAAAGCCUCGUUCGUGGGAACUGCGACACAAUGUCUGUCAUUUGGGAAGUGUGUUGUUGUUGGAGCAAUAUGGUUCAAUAACAAAAGAUGUAUCGAUCAGAAAUGUACGAAAACUGUUGACGAGUAUGGAACGGAACUACAUCGUAUAGAAAGAACACGAGGUUGUAGAAUGUACGGCAAAUGUAACGCAGCAGGGCAUACAAUCCAGGUUAAUCCUUGCUCAGAAGCCGUCUGUACCAAAACUGGUCGUUGGGUUUAUAGUAAAAGAGGUUGUUAUAUUGAUGGUCAGUGUAAAGAGCAUCUUGUAGAAUGGAAAAAUUCUGAAUGUGACACGGAAAAGUGCUUUGUGACAAUUAGUAACAGAUAUGGACCAAAAUUGCAGAUAAGACACGUUAAGUCAGGUUGUAAAGAUUCCAAAGGAACCUGUCGUGACGUAAAGGAGACAUGGGAUGAACCAUCAAUGGAUAUCGAUGGCACUUGUCCUGGUUCAUUUAAGGCUGUGGCAAAAUGCAGGUGGUAUCAGAUGGUAGUUACUUAUCAAAGUAAAUGUUUAAAUGAUGAGGGGAGUAGCAGAAAAUAAUAACGACGAGGCAAAUUUUAAAAAGCAAUAAAUUCAUAUGCCAUA